AUGGAUUCGUUAUCCAAGAAGAUCGGUAAUUUGGGUAUUCAUGAUAUCCGAAAUGCAGCGCGGUUUGCUCAGAACAUGAUUAUCCAGUAUGAACCUUACCAAGUUGAUAUUAGACGAGCUACUAAUACAGACUCUUGGGGGCCUACGCCCAAGCAAUUAGCUAAAGUGAUGCGCAAUAGGUAUCAGGUUCCUAUGUAUCUUAUCACUGAGUAUACUAUGAAGAGGCUUGUGGAUCAUAUGGCCAAGAGACCUAAGAAUUUGUAUGAGAAGGCUAGAAAGGAGUAUGUGAAUUAUGGGAAUGAAUGGCGGGUGGUGCUGAAAUGCUUGUUGCUGUUGGAAUAUUUGUUAUUCACGAGUACUUCUGGACAGGAGUUGGAUCAGGUACUCAGCUGUAUAAAUACACACAAACAUAUUUUAACGCGGGAUACUAUGCAGUUCAAGGUGGAGUUCAGCAACGACGGCAAAAUGGAGAUUCACGAGCGCGGAAUUAAAAAGAGGUGUGAACAGGUGGUGCAGUAUAUUGAGGAUACUGCGUAUUUAAAACGGGCUAGGGCGAAGCACAAGCAGCAGUCUGUUCAAAUUAGUUCCAGUGGGGUUGGUGCAGAUGGGAGUGGGUCCUAUAAUGACAAUCAAGUACGUGUGGGGAAUGUCUCUGGAUCUUCGUACUCUUCUUAUGAUUUAGAUGACGAGUUUGAGGAAUACGAACCACGCAAUGUUGCCCGGGCUGUCGAUAGUUCUUCUUCAAACCAUAGGCAGAGAAGAUCGUCUGCAGUGGAUGAACAGCGUAGACAAAGGCGGGAAAUAUUACGAGAACGGAUUAAAAACAGUGAGAAGCAGAGAAAGGCCUCUAUAAAGGGAAACAGUAAUACUGAGCCAGUUCCUGAUCUAUUGGAUUUGGAUGACACCCCUGCCGUUACUGCUGUCUAUAACAACGGUAAUGCUGAUAGUCAUCACAACGGCCACACUGAGAGUGAUGCUGAGGAUGAUGACUUCGGUGACUUUCAGAGCGAGCAGCGUCCACAAACUGGGCAACCAUCAGUUGUCAAUAGUCUGUCUGCGACUCAUCCAGGUAAUUUUGUGUCGGAUGAACUUUUACAGUGGGGCGGUCAAGUUUCACCAACAGCGAUGGCUUCCAGUACGACAAGUUCUACUGCUGCAUCUUCAUCUGGCAAAGGUGGUAAAGAUGCCUUUGCCGAUCUCUUCACAUAUUCCAAAAGCCGUAUAUAA